ACCCCCUGCAGCAGCCGCUUUUGAACAGAGAAUGAAGCCCGAGCGAAGACGCCGAAGAGGCGGCGGCGGAGACGGGCUGGAGGAACAGCCACGAGAGCGGCCAGGGCGAAGCGAACGUGAAUUGUAAACACCUGAGCAAGGAACCAAACUGAGCGGAACCGGCUGCUGACAGAAUAUCCCUGCGGAAAGCCAGCAGAAGAGACAGACGACCCCCUAUCUCCACCCCAGAACACUUCCAAGCCCUAGAUGUAGUCGCUGCAAGGCAGGAACGGUUUGGAGCCCUGCUUUGCCUUUCAUCCAGGAAAGCUAAUUGCCCAGAUUGAUAAGUGCGGGGCACGUAUUGUGCUUUUUUCUUUUCUUUUGUUUUAAAGUCCGGAGGGGAUUCUGUCUGAUGACCAAGUAGGUGAACGGAUUUUCUACUUCCCAGGAGGGCUGUUCAAGGCAAGGGACAGUCGGCUCCAACUGUGCUGUAGGAGUGGGAGAAAUCAAAGUAGAUGCUGCAAAACACAAUGUGUCAGGCUUUGGAAAGGCAACGGUUUGGAAUAAUCAUUUAGCAUCUGAGGACACUUUUACGCCUCCCACCAAGUCUGUCCUUCACUUCUCCCCCCCCCCUUUGGUUUUGUUCCCAAUUCCUUUUCCCCUUGAGUUUUCUACUCUACCAAAAUAAUCUUUUCUGGAAAUAUAAAGCCAGUUGGCGUUUGGCAGCUGAAGAUAAAAGAAUAAGCAAGAGAAAAAGUGGGGAAGAGAGUGAUGCCCUUUUAUCUUCUGUCUCCUACAAAGAUGAGGUGCCUUCUGCAGGAGCUGACAUCUCUUCUGCUGCUAGGAUUGGCAUUUGCACAACGUCAAGUCACUGUUCAAGACAGCCCUCUAUACCGUACUGAAAAUUCCCACAUCACUAUUUGGUGCAAAGUCAGUGGUUACCAAGGACCAUCGGAACAGAAUUUUCAAUGGUCCAUUUAUCUCCCAUCUGCUCCAGAAAGGGAGGUACAAAUUGUCAGCACCAUGGACCCAUCCUUCCCUUAUGCUAUCUACACCCAGCGUGUCAGGAGUGGAGAAAUCUAUGUAGAGAGAGUCCAGGGAGAUUCUGCUCUACUGCACAUCACAGAACUCCAAGACAGGGAUGCUGGCGAGUAUGAAUGUCACACACCCACCACUGAUGAAAGAUACUUUGGGAGCUACAGUGCCAAGAUGAAGCUAGUGGUUAUUCCUGACUCCCUGCGGGUGACCUCAGAAGCACAGACUCUAAACAAAGUGCAGCACGAUUCUCUGGAGCUGAAGUGUGAAAUAUCCAAGAGUACUGCACAGCACAGUCACAUUUCCAUUGCCUGGUACCGACAGAAAGCCAAUGAGCCGGCCGUGGAGGUGAUCUCCCUCAGUCGUGAUUUCGUAUUGCAUGCAGGAAGUGAUUACGCCCAACGGCAUGCAAGUGGAGACAUCCGCCUGGAUAAAGUCGGCGAGACUCAGUCCAAGCUUACGAUCUAUAACUUACAAUCUUCUGAUGAGGGUGAAUUUUACUGUGAGGCAGCCGAGUGGAUCCAGGACCCUGAUGGCUCUUGGUAUGCAAUGACCCGCAAGCGCUCAGAGGGCACCCUGGUCUAUGUGGAAGGAACUGAUAUGGAUAUCAACGUCCGGCUAGAAACGGAGAAGCGGACAUACACCGUGGGUGAGCCAGUGGAGUUCAGGUGCAUUCUAGAAGUACAGAAUGUUGCAAAGAGAUACUUUUCCAUCUCGUGGGCCUUCAAUAGUUCCCUGAUUGCCAGCUUUGGGGCUAAUGCUGUGCCGGUCCUUAACAAUGAGUUUGCCCAGCGAGAAGCUUUGGGACAACUGAAAGUAGCCAAAGAGAGCGACAGCGUCUAUAUCCUAAAAAUCUACCGGCUCCGCCUGGAGGACAGCGGGAAAUACAAUUGUCGAGUGACAGAGCGCUUGAAGACGACGACUGGUGAAUUUAUUGAUGGAGAGAGCAAACGACCAAAGAACACACCCAUCACAGUCUUGCCCCUUAAGACCAAUAUUUCAGUGGAGGUGUCCAACAAUUCCACCAGUGUUCUAGAAGGGGAGAGCCUGCGAUUUGGCUGCAGUGUCCGCACAGGGUUUAGACCCCAAAACCGACUCUCUGUCACCUGGCAACUUGUAGACAAGCAGAACCGUCGCAGUGAUGUUGUGCAGCUUGACCGAGAUGGUACCCUUCAUCCUGGCCCCUCUUACGUCGAGCGCAGUAGCUAUGGUGGGAUCCAGAUGGAGCAGAUACGGCCUGGAUCCUUCACACUCGAAAUCUUCAACAGCCUCAAGGCAGAUGAAGGCCAUUAUGAGUGCCGCAUCACAGAGUGGACUAGAAGGCUGGACGGGGAGUGGCAGAUGAUUGGGGAGCGACAUAAUGGCUCCUCUGUAUCCAUCACUGCACUUGAUGCUGGUUUUGCAGUUACAGCUAUCUCCCGCACCCCUGGAGUCACCUAUAACGAGUCGUUUGAUUUACAAUGCAUCAUCAAACCACAUUACCCAUCUUGGGUUCCUGUGUCUGUGACAUGGCGUUUUCAACCAGCAGGCAGCACUGAGUUUCAUGAUUUGGUCACCUUUACUCGCGAUGGAGGAGUUCAGUGGGGAGAUAGGUACAUUGGAUUCCGUACCCGAACAGCCAUCGAGAAAUCAGCAUCCAGCAACAAUGUGCGCCUGAGCAUCAGCAGGGCCAGUGACACAGAGGCGGGCAAGUACCAAUGUGUGGCGGAGCUCUGGCGGAAGAACUACAACAGUAGCUGGACACGACUGGCAGACAGAACCUCUAACCUGUUGGAGAUCAGGGUCUUGCGGCCUGUGACAAAGCUGCAGGUUAGCAAAUCAAAGCGGAGCAUCACCCUUCUGGAGAACAGGCCCAUCCCCCUGAACUGCUCUGUGAAGUCUCAGACUAGCCCAGACUCGCAUUUUGCUGUUCUGUGGUAUGUCCACAAGCCCUCUGACACAGAUGGGAAGCUCAUCCUCAAGACCACCCACAGCUCUGUGUUUGAGUAUGGCACCUAUGCGGAUGAGGAGGGCCUGAAGGGGAGGCUGCAGUUUGAGAGGUCAUUGUCCGGAGGGCUCUUUAGCCUCACGGUCCAGAGGGCCCAGGUCAGCGACAGUGGCAGCUAUUACUGCCACGUGGAGGAGUGGCUGCUCAACCCCAACCACGCCUGGUAUAAGCUGGCUGAGGAAGUUUCAGGUCGGACUGAAGUCACUGUCAAGUUGCCAGAUAACCUCUUGGAAGUGAACCAGACCCAGAGGAACCUAACAAUUCUAGAGAAUGAAUGGGUGACAUUAGAGUGUCUGGUCACCAACCGGAGCAGCCAUGCUUCCCAGUUGUCUGUGGAAUGGUAUGUGUGGAAAUCUGGCCACCCUGAGAAAGAAGCCGUUCUGAAACUGACCCGCCAAGACACCCUGUUGUAUGGAGAGCCGGCAGCGCGGAAUGACCUGAAGAGGCGGCUGCGCUUAGAAAGCCCCUCUCCAGGCCUGUAUCUGCUCACCAUCCAGAACAUGACUGUGCAGGACAGCGGGGCCUACGAUUGUCGGGUGGAGGAGUGGCUACUGAAUCCCACAACUACCUGGUACAAACGGGCAGAAGACCUGUCUGGGCUGACGACAAUUACGGUGAAGCAGCCAGAUGCUACAUUGCAAGUGGAUACAACCAUGGCCAACCUCACUGUGCCAGAGCAGGGACAUUUCCAUUUGGAUUGCAACAUCCUGUCCCUCUCCAGCCAGGAUUCCCGCUUUGCUGUAACAUGGUUCAUUGCGAAGACCAAGGAGAGGGGUGGCAAUGCUGGUCGCAAGGACAGUGAAGAGAGAGAGGUCUUGCUACGAGUAGGCCAGGACUUCAUCUUCAGCCGAGAAGCCGGCCUCUGGGAAGGCAGGCUGCGUUUUCAAAGGCUCUCGGCCACGUUCUAUCGAUUGACUGUGUUGCAGGCAGGUGCUACAGAUGCUGGCAAUUACUCAUGUAGGGUGGAAGAGUGGCUUCCUGACCCCAGGGGAGUGUGGUACAAACUGGCUGAAGACGAUUCUGGCCCCAUAGCAGUUUAUGUGCAAGACACAGGUUCCUCUCUGCAGUCUGUCAUCUGUUCCAACGACUCCCUCUUCUACUUCGUCUUCUUUUAUCCGUUCCCCAUCUUCGGCAUCCUCAUCAUCACCAUUCUGCUGGUGCGAUUCAAAAGCAGAAACUCCAGCAAGAAUUCCGAAGGCAAGAACGGGGUCCCCUUGCUGUGGAUCAAAGAGCCGCACCUAAACUACUCACCUACUUGUCUGGAGCCUCCUGUUCUCAGCAUCCACCCAGGGACUAUAGAUUAAACAGGAGUGACCAAAAAAGGUGAAGGUGCACCUGGAACCCAAAGGAAGUGUGUUUUGUUGUCUUUUUAUUCAGCAUCUGUACAUUUUGGAUCCCAGCUCAGCUCCACUAUGGUGUUCCUGUCAUUGUUUGGGACUGGAGGAGCUUGAGAACCCCAGAAUGCCUGUGAAGACCCAGCCAGUGGCUACGGGGUGGUGGAAGGUCCAUGAGUUCACUGUAUAUAGUGGAUUUUCUUUCACCCAAUCCAUCAAUUCUUAUUGUUUGUCCUUUGGACUGUAAUUCUGUUGCUCAGAUAUGUUUUGUUCUUGUAUUAUGCAGAGGACAAUCCCCAGAGUGUAUUGGUUUUGGUGGGGCUCUGGUUGUGCCAAAGUGGGGCACUUUGUUUUUGAGGAAGCUUGUUUUAUCAAAUGAGUAUAAUUUUACAGCCUCUUCGUAUUGGAGAGGGCCAGAAAGAACUGGGCUGGCUACUUAUUGCUUUGGAGAACAUAGAACCAGAACCACCCGCUGCCAAGCAACAGGCAAGUGUUGUUUCUGCCAGGUCACACGGCCUCUGCCACCCUUCAGUCUCUGGAUAGUCUUGAUUCCUGUUGAGGACUGAAAAUGCAUAGAGGGUGGCUUUGCCAUUUGCUUCACAAUAAAUUGCUUGUUCCAGUUUGCAGUCCAGCAAAAGCCUGUGUGUGUAUCACUGCAACAGAACUUUCUAGCCUUUAUGCCCCCAUUCCUGCUGCCUAUACAAUUCUGUUUACUAGAAAGGCACACAGUUGCCCUCUGGGUCUUAUUAAACUACACUGCCACAAUUUUUGAGACUGCAAGGACAAAAAACCUGGAUUCCUGAUUCUCGAGACAUUGAGACUGACCAAAGUAACGAUUAAGGAAGUGGGGAGAAGAUGGCUGCCCCUCUGAGCAGGCCUGGCUUUGUCACGGUUUUGGGAUAUUGAAACCCAGGAUGAAGAAAGUGUGGACAUGUUGAACAACUUUGAUUUCUCGUGUAAGUUUCAUUUCCAAAUGCACUAACUACACAAAAGAACUUAAUGCCAGGCAAGAAAGGAUCUGAACAGUCUUCCUUCCCUCUUGUAUGUGCGUGUGCCAUUUUGUGACUUCAGCUUUAUUUCUCCAGGUGCAACACCCUUCACCUCCAUUCCCUACAACCCUGCAAAAGCCACAAUAAGUGGACUAUGAGGAAUUGCUGGGUCAAAAACUGCUGUUCUUUCUGUGAAAGACAUUGUGUUAGCAAAGUAAAUUGGGGCUCAGCACAGGCAGGGCACCUCUUUUCCACCAGAGUAAGCCAACUUCUGCUGUGCUGCAUAGGAAAUGCCUGCUGUACGUGAUGGACUAGCUCUAUGGGCUCUCUGGUUCUAGGCUGAGGGACCGGGAAACAUGUUUCCCAGAAAAUGGCUAUUUGCGGUCUUCCUAAACGUCUUCCUGGCACAGCUGGCCACUACCAGCUUCACAAAACAACUGAAUCUAUGUACAGGCACAUGGUGCCCACAUGUUCUGCUGCCCUGGCGGGAAGGGGCAGCAGGUGGAGGUAGGGGUGGCAGCAGAGCAAGCUCUCCCUGAAGAGUGAAAAAAUGGUCUUGCAAGAUUGGCCCCGUUGGAGCACUCUGUGGGAAUAAUGCAUUAACCUUAAUUAAUGGUGCUUUAUAAGUCUGUGCAGCUUUUUGUCAGAUGUUCCGCCAUGAGAGGAAUGUGCAUGUCCAACUCACUCGCUCUAGGGGUAAAUUCACUGUAUUUAUCCCCAGCUUUAAAGUUCUGAAAAGCAUCUCCUGUCCUUAGAAAGGAGGGGUUUGUAGCAUUCCAAUAAAGAAUCAAGGAUGUUCCCUGCUCCAAAUCUGCCUCCGCAAACUAUUAUUCCUCGAUAACCCUCCCCCCCGCCCCUCUGUGUGUGUGAGAGUGUGUGUAAUUUGAAAGCACAUACACCUUCAUCCUCCUGUCUGCGCAGCGUAUUCAGAAGGGAGGAAUCAAAAAGCGAAUGGGAAUGAAGAGCUAAGCAAAAAAGAGUUCCUAGCUUGUGUCUCUUGUUUUAUAAAUGUAAAAUGUCCUGUACAUAUACUGCUUUGGGGCAGAAGCUAUAACUCAGUUCAGCUCUUAAAAAUGAAGCGAGUCAGCAGGACAAUUCUCUGCCCCAAAGAACAUGGCUCUUUAUCUUUGCAUUGGAAAUCUAUUGAACUGACCUAGUAGCACCAGUUUUUUCUCCACGUAACCAACAUUCCUUCCCUUCCCCUCCUAGCGCCUUCUGUCUCUGGAAAGCUAUCCCACAGCGACCUCCAGUGGCCAUCCGUUCCGAUCUGCAGCUGUGGACUCUUGGAAAACAUGCAGAUGUUUAUCAAAGCCAGUAGACAAAAGUGGGAGGAUUGUCCCUUAAGCAGCAUUGAUGAGCGCACAAGAUCCACCUUCCCAAUGACUUGUCCAUUGCACUGCCCAGUUUGGGACAGUGUUCCUUUCUAAAAGGUGAACAUUGCCUGUAAGAAGAAGCUUUAACAAAGCUUAUUGGACAACUCUUUCUUUACCCAGAGGAAAAGGAACAAACUACCUUUGCAUGAUGUGGGGAAACAGUUUGGGAUUUUUUUAUUAUUAUUAUUAAAAAGAACUUUGUACCAUG